AGCUGUAGUACAAAGGGAUAUCCGCACUAGUCACAUCGGCUGUAUUUUUGUUCCUGCUUGACUCGCACUACUCUUUCGAGGACCUAGAUUGCUGUAUCGCAAACUCAAAUAUGUGAUACUCCAAUGGUUUACGGCUUAUCGCCUUCUGGAAGUCCGGACUCAGAGAGCGUGGUGCGGGUACUCCAUGUUCUUGGGUUUAUUCUGAGGCACAUUUCGGCUGUAAUUGAUUUGCUUCGAAUUUAUGGACGCUAAUGGAACGUUGUGCUUGCCCUAAAUUAGCCAUGUGAUCCCCGCGCGCGUCUAUCAGAUAUCCUGCCAUUGACCUUCAUGUCGCUCUUGAAUUUUCCUGAUGAGAUACUGGAAAAGAUCGUCAUCAACACUGAUCUUCGUACCGGCAGCCGCCAAGCAAUCCGACUUACGUGCAAAAAUCUUUGCGAUGUUGCCACACCACUUAUUUUUGAACAAUUCUACAUCAAUUUCACGCAGAUGGCAAGGGAUAGUUCUCACACAAUCCGCUUUCUUCGCGAGCUUUCAAAAGGACGACGAUUGGCUAAGUUCAUCCGGGCCUUGUACUUUCGUAUGUUACCUACGGACUCUAAAUCAAAUUCCAAGAGUCUUCGAAAUAUGUUAGCUUCAUUAUGGAAGAACGGAGACACGUUUUACGGAACCAUAGGAUCACUUAUUUUGGCUGCUGUCUCACAGAUGGACGCUUUGGAAAGGAUCCAUUGGAUGACGAUGGGAAAGGCAGUACUGCGGCCAAAAAUAGUGGAUCAAAUCAUUCAUUCACUAAGCAAUCGUCCUCAUAUUCGUUUCGUUUCGAUAUCAUCGUUAGGAAUCGAUCGCGAUAUCCCUUGCGCGCCUUUUCAUGGCUUGAUCUAUCUGACGAUAGAUGGUGGGUCAUUGAAUUAUGCUCCCGCCAUCAUCGCCAACAGUCCCAAUCUAUUCAGACUCAAAAUUAUCAUGGACCUCUUUUCCUCAGCAUUGUUCAUGCCUGUCCUCUCUCUGUUUGGCGCGUUCCCUGAGGGAACAUAUAGCUCUGUGCAACAACUCAUACUUUCAGGUCCACGUUUCAGUCUAGAGCCAACGACCGUUCCCGCACUCGUUCCACAUUUGCGGAACCUGUCGGAAUUCCACAUGCCGUCUGACUUCGACAUUCCUCACGAAUUCUGGAUUGAAUUGCAUGACGCAGGGGUGUUCCUCCAUCGCAGCAUAUGGAAAAGAUGUAUCCAACUGGACAAUUCUUUCCUAAAUUAUUUCGGGGCCUGUCGGGACUUGAAAGAGGUUCAUCUGCGAUUAGGGCGAAGAAACGCCUUCGAGGAACAGGACGAACAGCGUGCACAAUUCUUUCUUUAUAACAUCAUCGCGAUGAACUCGGGGAGUUUGACAGUUCUCCUGCUUCAACCAGAAUAUGCAGGAUAUUGGUGCCUUGACGUUCCUAUGCUGGAGGUUCUAUCACUUUGCGCCAAUCUUGCAUACAUCGGUAUAUGUGUUGACGAGAAGAGGGCAAAGAUGAAUCAUGACGAUAAUGUAGUUACAAUGUUACUGAACAUUCUGCGACGCUGGAAUUUUCUGGAGACACUGGACCUAGGCGCAGCGAUACCCAUUCAUACGAUGACUCAUCCAGCAGAUCCUAUUGAACAACGCUCUGUGGAAGAGGCUUCUGUCGAAAUUACGCGCUGUGUCACGAAUUACAAUUGCAGACACCCAACCGCUCAGAUGCUCAAGCUCCGAGUCCAUACAGAUUCUGUAUAUGGUCUUCAACUUCGGCAACAUGAACUAGAAUCUCAGAUAUAUAGCUUUACAUCGUUGCAAACUUCGGAGGCAGAUACUCGGGCUAUGAGAUGCGCGCAAAUUAUAAGAAAGGUGGAAAGAAACUUUGCUAUUACGAGUUUUAAUGCAAACGACUAGUAGUGAUAUGAGCUGGAUAAUACAUUUUGAAU